AAGAGAUGCGCUAGGGAGGGCAAGGGGGCGUGGGCGGCUGGGCGGGAACUAUAUAACGGGCCGCCGCUCUGGUGCCCAGCUCAUUGCUACUCCUCAUCUUAGCAGUGUCUUCCUGUCUUCCACUCCUAUAACUUUGAGGCAAGACAACAGCCGCCCUUUUCAGCGCGUACGCAAACACCAGAAAACCAGUCAGCCAUGAAAGCCUUCAGGAAUGUGAGUCGCGUCCUGGUGAUAGUGGCGGUGGUGCUGCUGGUGGUGAUGCUGAUGAUGGAUUCCGCAGAAGCCAACCGAGGGAACAGGAGCGGAAGACGCGGCCGAAGAGGAGUUAGAAAGCUACCAUUACGAGGCUUAGAAAAAUGCCUGUGUGGGAAGAUCAACCCUAUUCCAGAGUGCACGGCCUGCUUCGACAAACUGAGGGACGAAAGUGUGACUGACUGGACCACAUUCGGCACCUGUCUCACCACCGUGCAGACCGUUCCUACACCGGAUUUCAACUCCACCUGCACCACACAAGCCUCUUCACGGAGGAACAGCUGAGCACGUAGAUGAAACCACUACUACUACCACCACCACCACCACCACCAUUGCCAUCACCAUCAUCAUCAUUACUGCAACACCAGCAGCGGUAAUACCAGUUGUAACAUCAGCUGUAAAUGUCCUUUAUUCAUGAAAAGAUUAGAUGAUCGCGAUUCUGACGCUCCAGAGAGAGAGAGAGAGAGAGAGAGAGAGAGAGAGAGAGAGAGAGAGAGAGAGUCGUACCGCUUCUCUUUCUCCUCUUCCACUUUCUCGUCUCUUCCUCAGGAAGUUCCAUCGUUACUUUGGCCAUGCAUCAUCUGCUACAUUUCCACGUCGCAAAGUCACGCACAAUACCUGUUGCAUCUACUCGUACUCACAUCAAGAACCAGGAAGGCUUCAUCAGGCACCUGCAGUACCUCGAACACGGUUAUUUGCCAAGGAUAUCUACUACAGUAGACAUUUCCGGCAUCUAGUACAUCUCAGUCACCGUUAACACGUUUUGACAUUAUCAUUACUCAUCACUCAUAUUAAAGACACUCAUCAAAGCAUCACAAUACUGUGCGUUUACUUAUAUUUACGUUAAGUUGUGUUUCUCUGUUUCUCGUCUCGUUCUGGUGAUAACGUGCUUCUUGAUAGCGGUAAGUGGUCUUGUUAACAAGGCUUUCUGGCUCUGUGGGCCAGUGUUUGUUUACCUUCUAGGCUAAACUAGAUCGUGGUUUCCAUCUUGGCUCAUGACAGUUUCUCGGGAGAGAUGACGCUCUCCUGUGAUUGUAUAUAGCUGGCACCAUUUGACUAUGUUGUCACGGCGCCUUAACUCAAUAUUUGUACAGUCUCGCUCGUUUUAAAUACUGAAAGUAUAAUGUAAUUAAUAUAUACAAUAAAAGACAAGACGAGU